AUGGGAAGGGUCUCAUUGCCAGAGGGAAGCAUUUCUUGUUUCUGGAUACGGUGCAGAAUUCAGCAGCCCUUCACAGGGAUAUGGGACUACGGCUGUACAUGGCCCCCUCUCUAUCAUUCACUGCCUCUCAGUUAAAACAACAGGACUGGAGCCAGAAAUUCCACACUACUUGGUCUGGACUGAAGACUCCAUUACCUGCCAAUGUCCAUAUGUUGACCCUGGAGCAGUGGGGUGGCCCCACCAUCAAACCCAGCCCCACUCAACCCUUCCUCAUCAGAUUUGAACAUAUUUAUGAGAAGGGAGAGAACUCUGAAUUGUCUAAACCUGUCAAGCUGAUGGUGAAGGAUAUGUUUGUACCAUUCAGUAUAGAAACCAUUGAAGAGUUAACACUGGGGGCUAACUUACCACUGAGUGAUCUCCAGAGACUACAGUGGAAAACAAAAGACUACAUCACAGGUACCAAAUUAAUGCGACACAAGAUCACAGCAGCAGAUAAUUUUACCGUGAUUCUUAACCCAAUGGAAAUACGGACAUUCCAAGUAACUCUCUCCUAGAGAACUGUCAUCCGAGAUACCUGAUUUCUGAAUGCAUUCACUUGAAUGAUUAAACAUUUAAAACUGAGAUUGUUUGAAUGUGAUUAUAGUGCAUUUGGGAUGGAUCUUCAGUGAUAUCUGUGCUUUACAUUCACAAA